GCGACUACAAAGCGAUGGCGACGGCUGACGUUCUAUCGGAAUUGCCUAUAACGCCCCUCAUCACCGAGAAACACUCUGGCAUACCGGAACGUUAUGCGGAGCAAUGCAAGCAGUCGAAGGCACGGCUCUAUUCCAACAAGACUCUCCCGCCGUCAGUCCCUCGUGAUGGAGAGCUUCCCGUGCUUCCCCCAGACGUCGACCGGGAUACCUUCAACAAAGCCGUCGCUGAGCUGACGGAACUGUUAGGCGCGGAGAACAUCGAGCUGAAUGACAAACCACUCGUCGACGGAUGGUAUAUGGAACACCCGAACACUCACGACGCCUUCCACAUCGUACAACAGUCGGAGCUUGUCUCCUCGGCCACCGUUUACCCGGGUUCCACCGAGGACGUCCAGAAGAUCGUACGCUGGGCAAACAAGUACCUGAUCCCAGUGUUCCCCAUCUCCAUGGGCCGCAACCUCGGGUACGGCGGUGCGGCACCUCGAGUUCGGGGUUCUGUCAUCAUAGACCUCGGGAGGCGGAUGAACAAGGUCCUGAAGAUCGACGGUAACAGCGCGUCCUGCAUUGUCGAGCCCGGAGUGAGCUACUUCAAGCUGUACGAGGAAGUCCAGAAGACCGGAUUACCAUUGUGGAUUGACCCGCCGGAUGUUGGGGGCGGAAGCGUCCUGGGUAACUGCAUUGAUCGCGGUGUUGGAUACACCCCUUACGGUGAUCAUUUUGCAAACCACUGCGGUAUGGAAGUCGUGCUGCCGUCAGGAGAGGUGCUCCGGACAGGCAUGGGAGCGCUCCCUGGAAAGAACGGCGCGGAUAAUCCAUCCUGGCAAGCCUUCCAACACGCCUACGGACCGUCAGUCGACGGAAUCUUCAGUCAAUCGAACUUCGGCAUCGUGACGAAGAUGGGUAUGUGGCUUAUGCCCGAGACAGGGCACCAGAGCUACAUGAUCACGUUCCCCAGAGACGAAGAUUUUGAGCAGAUCAUCGAGAUCAUCCGGCCUCUCGCGUUGAACCGCAUAUUGGGCAAUAUCCCACAACUGCGCAACGUUAUCCAAGAACUGGCUGUCACUGGCAAGCCAAAGUCGUUCUUUUACCCAGGAAACGAUCCGAUGCCGAGGGAGGUAAUUCGGUCGCAUGCUAAGAACAUGCCGUGCGGAGACGUCGCCUGGUGUUUCUACGGAACCGUAUAUGGGCCAGAGGAGACUCGCAAUAUGCAGCUAGACAUCAUUCGUCGGGAGUUUGCCAAGGUUCCAGGCUCCAAGUUUAUGUUGCCAGACGAGCUGCCUGCAGACCAUUAUAUCCAUUCGCGUGUCAGAGUAUGCUCCGGGACGCCAGAACUGCGAGAGCUUGACUGGCUCAACUGGAAGCCAAAUGGCGCCCACUUGUUCUUCGCUCCUAUCACGCCCACCAAAGGAGCAGACGCGAGGGUGGUCCACGAGAUCGUCACGCGUCUCCACAAGAAAUGGGGCUUCGAUUCGUUCCCGACCUGGUGUGUCGCCGGGCGAGAGAUGCAUUACAUCGCGAACAUCGUAUAUGAUCGCGCAGACGACGACGAGAAGCGCAGAGCGAUCGCUCUUAUGCGGGAGAUGGUGAAAGAAGCGGCGGACGAAGGGUACGGCGAAUACAGGACGCACUUGAUCUUCAUGGAUCAGGUCGCGCGGACAUAUGGCUGGGGAGACCAAGCACUUAUGCGGUUCAACGAGACUAUCAAGGACGCUCUCGAUCCGAACGGUAUCCUGGCGCCAGGGAGGGCGGGUAUCUGGCCGAAAAGGUUCAGAGGCAAAGGUUAUGAGCUCUUACCAGGCGAUGAGAAGAGUACGCCGCCGUAGACAGAAGACAUAUUCCUUGAGUUCUCAUGUCGCAUGCAGAGUACAAGAGCCGGGAUUCCUGUAUAUUAGACGUUCCAC